ACUGAGAACGGCUAGUAUUACUCUACGGCAGGAUGGAUACUUUCUUUUCUAGUACAGUGACUCGCUGGAUAGAGGGCUAUUGGUUUUAAUAGGCUAGAGCAAAUGUAAUACUGUGCUCGCUGCGUUUCCCCUCGUGGCUCACGCACGCGAGCAACUUCACUUCAUGAUCUCCUGAACAUGUUCAUUCUCUUUAAAGCUAUCCGGCCGGCAGUCGCAUUGGACUGUGCCGCAUUUCCCCGAAACGGAAAAUGGAUGUCGCAUGCGCUCUGUACGACCACACCUCAGCGCGCUUUUCCAUCGCGCCUUCCUUCCUUCCCAUCCCUCUCCACCAACAUUCCCAAGCGGCUAUCCCUCCGAUUCGCCCACGCACUAUCCAUGGCCCGCUAUCACCACUCAACUCUGCAUAAUCGCAACAACGCACCACGCGCCACACGUGCAGCAACGAGUCGCCCGGCAUGCGCGCCAUCCACACCCACAUCCACAUGGGCAAACAAGCAAUCAAUCAAUCCAAUCAUCCCAUGCAACUCUCUUUCGGAAACAAUUUCGAGUCGCCUACCUCCGCGGCCCGUUCACAUCAAGCACAUAUAUUGCUUCGGCAUGCCGAAAAUGCCCUUUGCGCAUCGAUACCGCGCGGCGUUUUUUGAUUCACCUUUCGCUCGACGUACCCGACCUGACCGGACUGACCUAUCCUGCCCUGCCCUGCGCCCGCGGGGUCGCGGUGGUGGUGUGUUUUCUCAUCCAUCCAGAAGAACUGCCUUAGGCGCACCCCACGCGUUCAUAUAGGCGUAUAUUAACGUUCCGCUGAUGGGGGAUCCCCGGAACGGCGGGACUUGGCCGAGGCCGCGCGGUUGGGUUUGCGGUUGGGCUGGGUUGGAUUGGGUUGGGUUAGGUUCUCGUAUCAGGGGUGCUCGAAGCUAGCCGGCUACGGCUAUAUAUCUUGGUAUCAAGGGUAUGUGUGUUGGUAGCUACAAAUGUGAUGGCUGUGGGCGAGAGAGCAGCAAGCAUGGACUGGGAAAGAGAGG